AUGAUUGCCUCCAAUUUAACACCGCAGCAGAGUGACGAGCUCCACCGUGUUCUGUGGUUCUCCAUCGAUGCUUUAGAUCCCAGCAGCUGUCCAUUGGGUCAAGCUACUGGUGUGAUCCACCGCAUAAACACUGGUGAUGAGCCUCCUAUUUAUAGGCGUCCAUAUCGCAUGUCGGCGUCUGAGCAUCAAAACAUCCAAAGUGAGGUCGACAAAAUGCUUGCCAAGCACCUCAUUGAGCCAUCCUGCAGUCCUUGGGCAUCCCCUGUCGUGCUAGUCCACAAGAAAGACGGCACAUGGAAGUUUCGUCGGGACAUUGAACUUCUUAGAUCUGGACAGAUUGAUGACAGACUGGAGGAGCUGUUGAAGCAGAUUCAGGACGAGCACCGAGCUAACGAGAUUGCCGAGCAGGAGCUCCAAAAGUGGUUCAAGGAGCGUGAGCUACAGCAAGUAGCACUGAGGGCAGCCAUACGACCAUCGUACAAAAUGAAGAAAAUGUCAAGUCGUUACAUGCAAGAGAUGCGACGCAGCAGCUCACAAUCUGAAUAUAGUGAGCCAGACAGCAUGGUUGGAUCUCCACUCAGUGUUGAGGUGGAGGACCCUCAGAGUCCACCAUCCCAGGACAUACCAGAAGUGGAGAGGCCAUGCACACCUCAGCGCAAAGUGGUGUCUCCUCUGCCACCUGUGACACCCUCUACCCCUCCAACUCCACCUGCCGUCUCAACAUCACUGUUAACCUCAUUGCUCAAGUCCCCCACCCCAUCUAGUCCAGUGUCAUCCGUGUCGGGCCUCUGCUCCCUGAUACCGUCUCCUGUGCAUCAACACAAAGAGCAAAGCAGUCCUCGGUCACAUUUGACUCCAUCAUUUUUCAAUCCAUCAGCAGCGCGACAACUGGCCACAGGCACACUGUCUCCAAGCACAACGUCAAGUACAGUUUCACGUUUUUCACCUACAUGUACAACUGCAGAUGCAGUUUCACGCUCGUCAACUCUUCAGAUGUCUCCCCAUUCUGCAACAUCAUCUGCCCCAACGCUAUCUAAGCUGCUGGAAUUGCCCCCUAGCACUCCUGGUGGCUGCCUCCCUUCACUGCCAUUCCUGACUGCAUCACCAUCAGUUUUGUCACCAGUUGCAAGUCAAGCGACCACUUCCUCACCCCUGGAGAGCAGCAACAGUAUGGAUACCACAGCUGAUGAUACCAGUGUACCAGGCUUGGUGUCAUCCCCUGUGAAGCAGACUGUGGAAGACGUGACAGCACCAGUGGCCAUUGAGCCUUCUGAAACACCUUGCGAAGUUCCAGUAGUUGAGACUGUGGAGUCCCAACCAGAGCCAUCCCCUGCUCCUGAGGAGUCUAUGGAGGUCACUGAGGAUGUCCCUGAGGAUGUUUCACCCCGUGAAACGGAAGCUAAAGUUGAGCCUAAGGAAGAAAACAUGGAGGAAGAUGUCGAUCAGGCAGUCUCCCCAGCUGAAGGAGAGUCUAUGAUGGAGACAGUUGCAUCAGAGGAAAUGGUCAUUGAGACAGUUAUUGAGGACUCCCUCUCAUCCAGCGUUAAUGUGGAUGACGACAAAGAAAGCGUCCAGUCAGAGCCUGAGCAUGGCACAUGCACUGAGCAGGAGACAAAGCCUGAGAGUGAGACCAGCAAGGAGGCCUUAGAGGCCCCAGUGGAACAGGCAUGUCCAGAAUCGGAGUCAAAGGACAAGGAUGACAAAGAUGAGAAGGAUGACAUGGAUGACCAGCUUGCAGCUGAUGGGUCUGACUCGGUCAAAGAUGCCACAAAAUCUGAGGUCAAUGAUGAUGAGUUGCCACCAGAAUCCCCCGAUGUGCUGCUGAAGAAGGAUGAACAGACGCAAGAAGAGGAUGUGCCGGAAGAUCCUCAGCCUACAGCAGAUGAGGAGGAUGAUGAUGCAGAAGAAUCUAAAGAUGCCUGGGCCCCUGGAACAGUCAGCUCACCAUCACCAGCAGGGGAGACCAUGUCAAACUUGGAUGAGGCGCAGAGUGAAGACAUGGAUGAUGAUAAGCUGAAGGAUGACAAGUCUUCCAUAGAUGAUGCAAAGACGCCAGAGACACCCAGUGGCACUGAGCCAGACAUGAAGGAUGAUGGCUCACAGCAUAUGGAGUCAGGCACUGAAGAUGGCACUGGAGAUUUGAGUAAACACUUGCUUGGCUCUGUUGGGGAUUCUGUUCCAAACAGCCCAGCAUCUGUGCUGCAGGGUGAGGAUUCGGAGGUUGUUCGAGACUACAAGGUGUGGAAGAAAUCUAUUAUGCUGGUCUGGAGAGCGGCAGCGAACCACAAAUUUGCAAAUGUGUUCUUACACCCAGUCACAGAUGAAAUGGCCCCGGGUUACCAUAGCAUUGUCUACAGACCAAUGGAUUUGCUGACAAUCAAGAAAAAUAUAGAAAGCGGCUACAUCAAGACCACCUUGGAAUUCCAGCGUGACAUGAUGCUUAUGUUUCAAAAUGCCAUCAUGUACAACAGUUCUGACCACGAUGUCUUUCACAUGGCCAUUGAAAUGCAGAAGGAGGUCAUGGGACACAUACAGGAUUUUCUGGCAACCCAGUUGAUGGUGAAGACAACAGAGACCAAAAGCCUGCGUGGCCGUGACGGACGAGAAAAGAAAGUGGAAUUUGGCAAGGAUGACAAGGGGGACGAAAGGAAGAAGAAAUUAAGCUUGCCUGCUGAAGAGCCAGUGGCAAAAAAACGACGCAUGCGUGCUAACGAAUAGCAUUCCACAUUGACUGCUCCCAACAGUUUCAUAUGUAAAUGGUCCUUCAUUAAUGUUAACCUGUUCCAUUGUACAGUAGUCACAGGAUAAGUCUACAGCCCAUAGUUUUGGACUGAAGCCAUAUUUUUAUUGAGGAUAGUUGGAGGUUCCAAUUGUAAGGCCUUAGUGACUUUUAAAUAAUUGCAUAAUGUUGGAAAUUGUUUAUGUUGCUUUUCAGCAGUGAGAGAUUUCACAGUGGUUUGUGGAACAAGUAUAUUCAUUACCCAAGCAAACUGUAAGCAGCAACACUUAUUACGGAUUUGUUUUCGACCAAUUUAAUUGUUUAGAAUAAAUGCUGAAAAAAAAAAAAAAAA